UCCUAUUUGCACGCGUUUUCUUAUUAAUUUCAGUCACGAACCAGACACCCGUCUUCGAUCUAUCAUCCACCAUCACCUAUGGCGGAGGUAUCCUACCUUCAACCCCAUGGAAAUGAUGAUGACGAGGAUGACGAUGAUGAUGAUGAAGAAUACGAUGAUAGGGACGAGGUUGUGGUAUCCUUCCAUCCCGAUAACAACUGUUCUUGCGAUCUUGAUGGCUUCGAUCUUUACCCUUCGGAUCUUGAUUGCCUUUCCUUCGAUGGUUUUCUUUGCCACACCGAUCGAAACCCCACUCGAAUUUCCCCCAACGAGGAUGAUUCCGUCCUUUUCGACCGAGAGAACCAGAUGAAUUUCGUAAUCGAUAUGUUUCACCAGCGCGUUGAACAAUCGCAAUCGCAAUCGCAAUCGCAUUCUGCAUCACCUGUGAUUAUAGAUAGCGAUUCGGGUAACCUUGAUCGGAGCCUUGGGCCGAUCGGAGGGAAUGAGGGACCGGAUGCGAAUGAUUUGGGGUUAGGGUUAGGGUUCCCUGUCGAAGUUAAUAAUGAGCGUAAUAAUGGUGAUGAUAAUUCAGGGUUUAUGCUUGCUGAUUGUGGGGAUGAUUUCUUCGUAUCCAGGAGAACUCUCAAUGCUCGAUCGGAAUCAGAAAAUCCGUCUAACAGAUCAGUUGGGCCGGAAUACAUCAUGGAGGGUUUCCGGGUGCCAGAUUUGGGGUCGGAUACUGAUGUCGCCGGAGAAAACGAUAUUGAUUUCGCGACGGAUGCUGGUCGUGACGUAGAAUCAAACCUUCGUCUUUCUUGGGAUGCUUUUCAGCUAGAAGAUGAUAACGAUAGAGGCAAUCAAGAUUUCGAAUGGGAAGAAGUCGAUGAUCGGAUAGACGACAGAGAAAUACUAAAUAUGAUUUUCGAAUCAGAAGCCGAUGAUGAUCUUUCUGUUCUACCAGAUAUCCCUAUCGCUACCCACGAAUUGGAAGAACAACAGCCAGAUACAUCUUCUUUGGAGUGGGAAGUCUUGUUGAAUGUCCACAAUCUUGAAGGAACCCAAGAUUUAGCAGGUGGUCACUAUGAUGAAUACAAUUAUGCAGAAUAUGAUAUGUUAUUUGAGCAAUUUGCAGACGCCGAUGUAUCUUCUUUGGGGCGACCACCGGCCGCCAGAACAGUGGUGGAGAAUCUUUUAUCCGUGGUGAUGACCGAAUUGGAUCUUGAAAAGAACGAUGCACUUUGUGCUGUUUGUAAGGAUGAAAUCGGAGUUGGGUUAAUGGGAAAGCAGCUUCCUUGUGGUCAUCGAUACCAUGGGGAUUGCAUUGUUCCAUGGUUAAGUAUUCGGAAUACUUGUCCUGUUUGCCGCCAUGAGUUGCCGACGGAUGAUCUUGAUUAUGAACGCCGGAGGGCAGAAAGAGGUGCCCGUGAUCGUUAAGGUUUGAAAAGGUGAGAUAUGGUUUUGAAGUUAUAUAUAUAUAUAUAUUAGGCUGUGAAUUGUAGAUGGUUUUACAUAGAACAGCUAGAUUUAUAAUGUGUUUUUGUGUGAAUUAUAUGAUUGAUAGGCAACCUCUAUGGGUUUCUUUGAUCAAAAUGAUGGGAGAUUUAUGAGCCUCAAUUGCAGUGAACAAAUUGGUCAUUUGGACUUGUUUCAUGGGUUGUUUGAUCUUUUGGCAUAGAGUUUUUUUUAGGCAAAUUUUUGGCGAUUUUGUUCUAAAUAGAGUAGAGUAUGUCGCUA